AUGGGCGCAACUCUGGGCCUGCCCAGCAGGGGGGACCGGUUGCAUGCUGCGGCAAGGGAUGGGGAUCUAGGGCGGGCAGAAAAAUGCAUAGCGGAGGAUCCUGCGCUUGCGAACGGGCCACAUGGGAUGAGCAAGGGGAACUUCCCACUGCACGUGGCGGCGAUUCACGGCCAAAUCGAUGUCCUGAAACUGCUCCUCGCCCGGGGGGCCCGCCUCGACUGCGCCAACUACUCAGGCCAGACCCCCCUCAUGCUCGCGUGCAAGAGCGGCCGGUGGGAUUGCGCCGGGGCACUUCUCGAGGCCGGGGCUAACAUGCUGUGCUUCGACUUCAAGCACCGGAGGACGUGUUUACACUUCGCCGCGCGGGGGGGGCACACCGAGUGCGUGCGGCGGAUCCUGGCGGCGGCGCAGGGCGGCACGAUCGCGGCUUCUUGGGGAUUCGCGCGCUUCGUGAACGUCCGCGACGCCAACGGCGCGACGCCGCUCCACCAAGCUGCGCGCGCGGGGCACGCGCGCACCAUGCAGGCGCUGCUCGAGCAGGGUGCGCUCGUGUCCGGAGUCACGUCCGCAGCCAACGGGGCUUCGACGGCGCUUCAUUGGGCGGCGAGGGGCGGAAGCAUAGAGUGCGUACGGGAGUUGAUCGCUUGGGGGGCGAGUCGAGACGUCAGAGACGCCAACGGGUGCACGCCUUACGUGGUCGCCCUGAAGUCGGGCCACGACGCCGUGGCCGCGCUGUUAAACCCUCAAACCGCCGAGCCUCUGGUUUGGCCGAGCCCCUGGAAGUUCGUCGCCAAACUGAAUGCUUCGGCGCGCGCGCUGCUGGAGCAGGCGCUGACGGAGGCGCAGCUGACGCAGUCGGGGCAGGUGAAGACGCUGACCGAGAAGGAGGCGCUCGGGAAGGACGGCGAGAUUUGCCACGUGGCGGACGAUGCGGACGCGCAGACGUCGUCCGACAAGGACGACGCGGACGUGUGCAGCAUCUGCUUCGAGCGGCUGUGCAACAUCGAGGUGCGCGAGUGCGGCCACCGGCUGUGCGCGAUGUGCACGCUCGCGCUGUGCUGCCACUGCAAGCCGAGCGCCGCGAGCCCGCACGCGCCCCCGCCCGCGUGCCCCUUCUGCCGGACGGAGAUAAAACAGCUCGAGGCGUUAACACCUGUCCUGGAAAAGACCGAGCCGGCACUCCCGUUAACCCCGGUGCCAGUGACCGUUGCGAAGGGGAAGAGUAAAGUGCAUAGCGCCUCGUGGGGAAGGUGGUGA